GCUUCGAUACCCACAAAGCACAUACUGCACCAGGAUCACACGUCCCGACGAUGGAUAAAACCCCAACGAUAGAGAAAAACAAAAUCCAUUCCCCUCCUGGCCUCCUCCCUGGCUCCCUCCCCCGCCCCCGCCCCUCUACUUCUGCCGUCGGAAAACAUGGACGGUAGCACUACCAGCAAUGGCGGCGGCGGUUGGAUGCGGCCGAUGGACGAGGAGCAGCUGCGGGAGUGCGGCCACCGGAUGGUGGAUUUCAUCGCCGACUACUACAAAUCCAUUGAGACCUAUCCCGUCCUUAGCCAAGUCCAGCCAGGAUAUCUAAAGGAACUUCUUCCAGAUUCAGCUCCAAACCAACCUGAUACUUUGGAUGCCCUUUUUGAUGAUAUUCGGGAGAAGAUAGUACCGGGAGUAACUCAUUGGCAAAGUCCAAAUUAUUUUGCUUACUAUCCUUCAAAUAGCAGCACCGCUGGAUUCCUGGGGGAGAUGCUUAGUGCUGCAUUUAACAUUGUUGGAUUUAGUUGGAUAACCUCUCCUGCUGCAACAGAGCUAGAGGUUAUAGUCUUAGACUGGGUUGCAAAAAUGCUUAAGCUUCCUAGCGAGUUUCUAUCAGCUGCACUUGGUGGAGGAGUAAUCCAGGGUACCGCCAGUGAAGCCAUUCUUGUUGUACUAUUGUCUGCACGAGAUAGAACUUUAAGGAAGCACGGGAAGAAAUCCCUUGAAAAAAUAGUAGUUUAUGCAUCUGAUCAAACACAUUCUGCUCUGAAAAAGGCAUGCCAGAUUGCUGGAAUUUUCCCAGAAAACAUCCGAAUUGUGAAGGCUGACUGUAGUAUGAACUAUGCUGUUACACCAGGAGCAGUUAGCGAGGCCAUCUCCAUAGAUUUGUCAGCUGGUUUGAUACCAUUCUUCAUCUGUGCAACGGUUGGUACAACAUCUUCAUCGGCAGUGGACCCCUUGCAUGAACUAGGACAGAUAGCACAGGCCCAUGACAUGUGGUUCCAUAUUGAUGCUGCAUAUGCUGGAAGUGCUUGUAUAUGCCCAGAGUACCGAAAAUACCUCAAUGGAGUGGAAGAAGCUGAUUCAUUUAAUAUGAAUGCACAUAAAUGGUUCCUCACAAAUUUCGACUGUUCCUUGCUUUGGGUUAAAGAUAGGAAUUAUCUCAUACAAGCAUUGUCUACAAAUCCAGAGUUUCUUAAGAAUAAGGCUUCCCAAGAAAAUUCUGUUAUUGACUUCAAAGAUUGGCAGAUUCCACUUGGCCGUCGUUUUAGAUCACUGAAGCUAUGGAUGGUAUUGAGGCUUUAUGGCGUGGAAAACCUACAGAGCUAUAUCAGAAAGCACAUCCAGUUGGCUCAACAUUUUGAACAACUUGUAAUAUCUGAUCCAAGAUUUGAGGUAGUAACUCCGAGGAAUUUUUCCCUUGUUUGUUUCUGCCUUGUGCCCCCAACUUGUGAGGUCGACAAUGGCCAUAAACUUAACUAUGACCUAAUGGAUAGUGCGAACUCAAGUGGCAAGAUCUUCAUAUCACAUACGGUUCUUUCUGGCAAGUUUGUGUUGAGAUUUGUAGUUGGAGCACCGUUGACAGAGGAGCAACAUGUAGAUGCCGCUUGGAAGCUUUUGCAAGAUGAGGCCACCAAGCUAUUAGGAAAUGUUGUACAGUAGUUUGAAGACGCAAGUGCUCGUUGAUUCAGCUCCACCAUUCAGGCCUAUUGUCCUGAGAAGCUUUACUGCUGCUCAUUCAAAUAUUUCUGAAAGAAAUUCUGGAUAAUAAUAGGUGGUUAUCUGCUGGCUAGUAAAAAAAUAUUCAUCCGAUAUUGGUCCCAAACUGAGCAUAAUAUGGAAUUUGAACUGGUGAGCAGUAAAUAUGGUUACCAUCCA